UCGCUCAGCGCCGCCCCCCGCCCGUUGCGGCGGCGUGUUCGCUCGGAGCGGAGCAGCGCUGCGAUCCGCUUUUUGCUCCCUCCGCUCCCGUUUGCGGUCGUUUGUUUGUUAUUUUGUUUCUUAGUUUUCCUUUUUCUCCCUCCCUCUGCUGGCGGUCGCUCUCUGUUCUCCGCUCGCUUCUCUCCUUCUCUUCUCCGUCCUGGGCCGCCCUCCCGGGAUGCCAUGGCCCCGCGGGGCUCCGCGCUGCCCGCCCGGCUGCUGGGGCUGCUGCUGCUGCUCGGCUGCUGCGGAGAUUUCGGUCACUCCUCUGAGCUGGCGUUCGUCGUGGAGCCCAGCGAUGACAUAGCGGUGCAGGAGCAGCCCUUGAUCCUCUACUGCCAGGUGGAAGGCAUCCAGCCCAUCACCAUCACGUGGAGAAAGAAUGGCGCCAUGAUCGUGGACAGCGAGAACGCCUUCAUGUUGGCCAACGGCUCACUGUACGUCUCCCGCUUCCAGAGGGUCCGAGGGGACGGCUCCUCGGAUGAGGGCGAGUACGACUGCAUGGCACAGAACCAUUAUGGGCUGGUGGUGAGCCGGAAGGCGAAGAUCCAAGCAGCGACCAUGUCUGACUUCCACAUCCACCCUCAGAACGCGGUGGUGGAGGAAGGGGGUGUUGCAAGGUUCCAGUGCCAGAUCCAUGGUCUCCCUGAGCCCGUCAUCCUCUGGCAGAAGAACCGCAUGCCGGUCAACACAGACAAUGAAAGAUACACGCUGCUUCCCAAGGGGGUCCUGCAGAUUACGGGACUGAGAGCAGAAGACAGUGGGAUUUUUCACUGCGUUGCCACCAAUAUCGCUAAUGUGAAGUUCAGCCGGGAGGCCAGGCUCACUGUGUCAGGCUCCCACUCCACCGUUUACAAGGACCCCAUGAUUCUUGUUGGACCAGAGAACCUCACCCUGACGGUGCAUCAGACCGCAGUGCUGGAGUGCAUCGCGACAGGCAACCCCCGGCCCAUCGUCUCCUGGAGCCGCCUGGACGGCCGCCCAAUUGGUGUGGAGGGAAUCCAGGUGCUGGGGACAGGAAAUCUCAUGAUCUCAGACCUCAGCGUGCAGCAUUCUGGCAUCUACGUGUGUGCUGCGAACAAACCUGGCACUCGGGUGCGAAGGACUGCUCAGGGCAGGCUGGUUGUACAAGCCCCAGCAGAGUUCGUGCAGCAUCCCCAGUCCAUCUCCAGGCCUGUGGGGACCACAGCCAUCUUCACGUGCGUGGCCCAAGGGGAGCCCCCCCCGCAGAUCACUUGGCUGAGGAACGGGCAGAUCCUGGAGACGAGCGACCACAUCAAGCUGAAGAAUAACAACAGCACUCUCUCCAUCUAUGGGAUCAACCAGGCAGAUGAAGCCAUCUACCAAUGCAUCGCUGAGAACAGCGCCGGCUCAACGCAGGCCAGCGCCCGCCUGACAGUCCUGUGGGCAGAAGGGCUGCCCGGACCCCCGCAGAGCGUGAGGGCCGAGACGGUGUCUGCCACCACCAUCCAAGUGUCCUGGGAAGAACCUCUGCAGAACACCAAGGAGAUCAUCGGCUACGUGUUACACAUCCGGAAAGCUGCAGAUCCCAUGGAGAUGGAGUAUCAGGAGGCAGUUAGCAAAAGCACCUUCCAGCAGCUAGUGACUGAUUUAGAGCCCUCAACCAGCUAUAGCUUCUAUAUAAAGGCUUACACCUCCCGGGGUGCCAGCAAAGCCUCAGAAGUCACAGUGGUGAGCACGCUGGGAGAAGUCCCAGCCAUGCCAUCCCUCUUUAUUAAAGUCAUCAACAGCACGGCCGUGCAGGCAACGUGGGAGCCCUCCAUCAAACUGGGCCAGCAUGAAGGCUUCAAGCUCUACUACCGCAAAGUCCACCUCUCCCAGUACACAGGCCCGGUGCUGCUGGCCAGCAACGUCACAGCGUACAACAUUACCCACCUGGAUGCAUCAAUGGUGUAUGAGGUCAAACUCCUUGCCUAUAACCAGCAUGGGGAUGGAAACUCAACUGUCCGCUUUGUCUCCUUGAGGGAAACCGUGGAGAGGACAGUGCUGAACCCCCCGUGUGACUGCAUGAAGGAUGAGCAGAACAACAAAACCUCUGCAACUGGUAUCAUCAUUGGGAUCCACAUUGGCGUCACGUGUAUCAUAUUCUGUGUCCUCUUCCUCAUGUUUGGGUACAGAGGAAGGCUGCUGAUGUGUAAAAAUGUGCAGGAGCAGCUGUCGACUCCGCAGAUCCCGAGGAGCCAGAGGAGCACUGCGGGGAUCCUUCUGAACGGGGCUGCCCGCAGGGACGAGCGGGACCUGAACGGAAAGCAGUUGGACAUGAAUGAGCUGGAGAGGUUGUUCCCAGCAUCACCAUGUCCAGAGCAGCAGGACAAGGGAGUAACGCCUGCUCACAGCCCGCCUGCCGCCCACGACGACACGCAGAUAUCCACGCUGCCAAUGGACGAGUUCGGCAUCAUCGAGGAGCAGCCAGACUCCCCUCCAAACAGCCCUCACGAUGGCAGCCCCGCUGCUCCGGCUCCUCGCCAUGGCCCUGCCAAUGAAGGAUAAACUGCCAAGACUUGAACCCUCUUGUAGGAGUUACCAGAAACCAAAACCGCAGCUGGUGAUGUCUUUACAAUGAUUCGUCAAUCUCAGGUCAAUUGAAGAUUUCUACAGUCUGAUUGUUAUUUUUUUGUUUUUGCUUUAUUUUUAUAUAUAUAUAUAUAUAUAUAUAUAUGAGUAUAUAUAUAUAUGUGUGUGUGUGUGUAUACAGCCUUUUUGAAACUCUGUGAAGUUUAUCUUUCUGACCUGUCUCAGGCCUCUUGGUGCGUUUCUUUCAACGAUGGCUUUACCAAGACUGGUCAUGAUUGGUUUUCCCAUAGCUGCUAAGUAAAAGGCUCCUUGCAGAGCCUGGCAAACUCCUGUCCCCAAUGGCCCAGGGGUGCCUUGGUCUCUUGGCAUCACAGACUUCUUCCUGACCAGCAGCUUUAGGAUUACUUUUUGGAUCUAUUUUUUAUUUUGAGAAGACUGGAUUUGGAGCAGUUCUUCUAAUUUGACUCCAAAACUUGAGGCCCGGGAAGGCCAUUUCUCCAUGGAUUGGAUGAUUUUGUACACUUUCACUAUUUCUCAGGAUACUUUUUUUGCUGAUUGAUGAUAUAAUAUGAAGAAGAAAAAAAAAAAGAAAAAAAAAAAGGAAAAAAAAAAAAAAGCGUGUCAGAGGAAGCCUGAAAGACUUGGACAAACAACCCGAGUGAAAUCAGAACCUACCUCAACCGGAAUGAAUGUCUUCUGGGAAGCAGAAAUGCCUGCGUCUUCCUUCGUGUUCAAAUACAAGUAGCAUAGCACUUGGUCAGUACAAGCUUGGUCCUACCUCAGCCACCCCGCUCUGUACCUGCCGCAUCGUCGUCGUUUUUUGUUGUCGUCCUUCCUGUGUAAAGCACUUCCAAACCUUGAAAGCAAUGUUCUACCUCAAGUGUGCGAGAAAUUUCGUGUGUGUGUGUCCUCACCCCCUCCUCCUGCCUCUGGCGCAGGCAGCUGGUGUUAAUGAGCUUUAUUUUAGGCACGGUGGGAUUUCGCCUGGUGGAGAUUUGUGUCGUGGUUUGUUGUUUUUUUUACUUUAAAGACUCUGGGGACUGUCACGGAUGUGGCCCACGUGAUGGUUGAUGCCCUGCAGCUCGCCAGCACCAUUGCUCUCAUGGAGCCCAAUUGGUCCCAAAUGGCUGCCCUGACCCAUCCUGGCUGUAUGUGGGAUGGGUGCUCUGGUCCCUGUGCUAAGGCCAGGGCACUCUGUGGCCAGGAGCUCAUGGAAACUGCAGCUCGGCACUUCCAGAACCCGUCAAGAUGCUCCUGAGUGGGUUUCCUGAGAGCAGGGUCUUGUCUUGAAGUGACCACCAUGGCCCAUGCAUGGCCUGGAAGGUCUCAUUGCUCCUAUCUGGAUGAGGUGUGGGAGCUCUGACUGCGAUGCAGCAGGGCUCCUAACACCAAAGAGAAGUUUGUGACCUCCAUCAACCUGCCACCAUUUUGGGAUUCAUAGAGCCCUAGAAUCACAGAACAGUUGGGCUGGAAGGGACAUUCAGGAUCAUCUUGGUCCAAGGUGACCGGCCAUCCAUCCUGCUGGGCCCCAUCCAUCCUGACUGUGGGCACCCACAGCUCUGUGGGCAGCCUGUUUGGGGUUGUCCUGGCCUCACAGGUUGAUGUGUGACUGAUGUUGCCCGUCAGGUCCCCUGCUGUGUGGUUAUUAAAACCAGACAAGCAUGAAGAUUUGAACUCUCUGUAGAGGUGGUGGCAAAUCCAACAUCACCAUGUUUGCAAAGGAAAGUGAAAGGAAUCAGGAAAAGAAAUGAGUUUAAGAGAAAUAAUGAUUGUAUUUUUUUAAAUGGUACCAAUGGCAGAGUCUCUUAUGUCAGAAGCAUCCCCCACCACCUUUAUAUUUGACAAUGGGAUGCUGCUGGUAAUUGUGUAAAUAAUACAAUAUAUGGGAUGGUAAGGAAAGUCCUGUCCCAUGUGCCGGAUCCUGGGGUGGGCAAGGUGUGAGCAGGUCCCUGUGCUUCCAGACUAGAUUCAAGCAGCCUCUCUCACCUCACCAGCCCUAUUCCUGCUCCUGUGUGCCGUGGGGACAUCACCAUCCAUCCAUCACCAAAGCAGGGCUGGUGCUGAGCCAUGACCAGGAACCCAAACCUCUUCCCAUCCUGCUCCCGGCCCUGCUCCUUGUUUCCUUGUCUUUGUGUGGAACGCCGAAGCUCACAUUGAAGUACUGUUGCCAAAGUGAACACAUGACUUAGAGUAGCUUUCAGCUCAGGAUCCCCCGGAGCUGUGAAUAUGCUAUUAAUUUAAUAUCAUAUUAUUGUGAUAUUGUAAUAGUAUUUGUCAUUACUUCCUUUUAUUAAAGGGAAAUGCUGUGCCAUUCGACUAGUUGGAAUACGAUAGUAUGUCGAGAGUAGAUUUCUUUUUCUUUUUAAAUGAUUAUGCAGAAAUGUAAUGGCUUAAACCAGUGCAGAUUCUGGAUUGGUUUGAGACACCUGAAGAUGGAUGUGAAUCUUAAAGGCUAUUCUUAGGUGUGUAGCUCUUCCUCUUGUUGGGGUUUCUUUGACGCUCUUGUGCCGAUGGUGGGGUGGCCCUGCAGGGCUGAGGCUGUGUGGACAGGAGAAGGUUGCAGCCUUCCCCACCUCAUCAGAGCCUCUUGAGUCUGCCAGACUGGGCCAGAAAACCCUCCAAAUGGUGGCACUGUGUCACCAGGGCUUUGUUUCUCCAUCGGGAGUUGGGUCACCAGAAGAUGCAGAUGAGCCCCACUCCUGUGCUCAGCCACAUCCCAAACGUUCAACCCAAAGCUUGCCGGCUUUUAGAUUCCCUUUUGUUUCCCUUUUCUUCUUGGCUCAGAAUGUUUUAUCCAAAGGCAAAAGCAGUGGGUAAGGGCAGGCACUGGGUCCCAAGCCAGCUGCUGGCAACCACACAUUUUUGGAAUAGGAAUCACGUCCUGUAGCAUUUUCCCAAGAAAGUAAUUCUGCUAAUCCAACCCCACUGCCUUUUCAGGGCACAUCCAGAACCUCCCCUCGCUUUUCUGGCUGUGGUGAGAUGAAAUUGCAGCAAGGAAUUAAGGUAUCCAAAAGCUGAUUUUUAUUUCUUAUGUUUAUUUUUUGUAACCCAUAAUGGGCACAACCUAUUCUUGGAGCUCUCAAGUCUACCAGAGAUGGCUGCUACCUCAGGGAUAGUAUCCACGUCGUGUUUAGUUGGACAGGGACUAAUUUGAUGCUGUGACAGGGUAUUUUCACGCUGUUGGAUUCAGGUAUUUAUUUGUCUGACAUACCUUUCUUCUUCCUUGUAUUGGAAAGAUGCUCAAGUCUUUAAGUGCUGGACCAGUUUGGGAAUUUUGAAGAUUCCACCCCAGAUUGUAAUGAGGGACUGUAGGUUUUUGGUUGGUAAUAAAUGAUGAGGGAUGCUGUGCCAGAGUUUCCGUUGAGACAUCUUGGUGUCACUUGGGUGGCAGCUGCAUGGUGUGUGCAUAAGGGAGGUGGGUGCAGGCCUGCAAAAGCAGAGCUGAACAUAAUACAUUUCAUAGAGUCAUAAAAUAUCCUGAGUUGGAAGGGACCCAUAGGGAUCACUGAGUCCAUCUCCUGGCUCCACAUGGGACCACCCCAAAAUCAGACCCUAAUUGCACCGAUGGGUUUAUUCUAUGUAAGCAUGUAUAAACACACUGCUAAUUAGGGAAUUACUGAAAAGUCACUUCCACCACCACUCAAACCUAUAGGCCGGCAGUGUGGCCAUGCUUGGCCCAUCUCCACACCCACAGCAUUUUCCUCCAUCCCUGCCCCUGCUCACGGCAAUGGCCCCGAACCCAUCAGGCGUUGGGAUCCUCACCGAGCUGACCAUGAAGGUGGGGAAAAGGAAAUGAAAACCCUAUGAAAACAAGCAGCACAGGGGGAGCAACUGACUCCCCUCAUCUGUGCAAACAGGAUUUGGAAACAGAUCCCUCCCGGUGCUGGGCCGUUCAAGGCAGAUUAAAGAUCCUAUCUGGCAACCUGACACCGGCUGAUUUAUUUUCCUUCCUUGGCAAAUUAAAAAUAAAAAUAAAAAAUAGGGGAAGGGGAAGGGAAGCACCUCUGGCAACAGUUACAUGGGCUGCCAGUGUGCAUCGCAUCCAGGGUUACCCCCAAGUGGUGUUUGGUCACCCCAUUUUGUACAAGGGUGGUGGGCCAGGGCAGAGCCUGGAGAUAGGGGAAAAGAUGGGAUUUUAUCGGGCUCUGGUCACAGUCAUACAGGGCUAAGAGGGAUUUUGCUUUGGUCAUCAUUGCGUCAUCGGAACUUGUGAUGUCUUUGAGCAUGUCAGAAAGUGAUAAAACAGACGAUGCUCAGCCUUUGUCCCAGUCCUGUUUGGAAAUCAACCGUUAAGGAGUAAUGUUAAGAACCCAAAUAGCAAAGCACUUUUUUUUUCUACUGUUGAUUUUCUACUUCUCUUACUUUGAACUGUCUUGGUAUUUGAAAUCCCAUUGAUGCUACAAUUGUUAGCUCUGUAUUAAAAAAAAGGAAAAAAAAAUUUUUUUUUAUUUUUUUUUUUGGUAGUUUGCUCUGUUUAGAUUUUAGCCCGUGGCUACUUGUACAAGGAAAAUAAAGCUAGAAUAAAUGAGCUAGA